AUGUCAGUUUCAUUCAAGUUAAUUAGCCGUGGUUUGAUUGGCCCAUUGUUCAGCAGACGGUUAAGUGGUCUAGCUGGCGUGUGUUCCAGUGUUGAUAUCACUGGAGUGAUGGGUACUGCACGGACAACAUCACAGCCGAACCUACAUCUGUCUUGUCUGCCUCAGAAAUUGCUGAAUGCAACAGAGAGACCUAACAACCACACUAUUAUCAGGUUGUAUUCAUCAACAUCAGAGGACAGUUCAUUGGGUCAUCUUGUUUAUAAAGGACGUGUGGCUAAAGGGUUGAGGGCACUGAAGAUCUUCUCCCUUAGCACAAGCGCCAUUGGUCUGCUUGCCCAGCCAUAUUUGCUGAUUACCUAUCAGAACAUGCCUCUUGUCGCUGCGCUGCCGAUUUUUGCAACUCUCAACUGUUUCGUAUUUGUGAAUCCGUUGUUAAUUCACUUCAUUGCCAAAAAAUAUGUGACGGAGUUGUAUUUUAACCCGGACACAAAGGUUUUCACUGCAUACCUUCUGACUUUCUUUGCCAGACGUCAGGUUAUCACAUUCACAGCUGCAGACGUUGCUGUCCCCGAUGUACCCAACAUGUUUGCCAUGUUAACGGUUCGUGGCCGGCCAUUGUUUGUGCACGAAGAUGACUUCACGAGUAUUGAAGUGUACAAGCACUUAAUGGGCUUUGAUCGGCCAUUAAAGUUUCUGGGUGAAGAUGCGGUAAAUCCCAGUUACCAACAUCAAGACAAGACAAACACAUGA